AUGUCUACUGUUAACAAUAGUUCACAUCAAAGUGACAAUUCUUUCGCUAGUUCAGAAAUUUCUCUACCUCGUCCAAUUCGUUUUUGGCUUAUGCUUCUAUUUAAUAUUCCAUCAAUUAUCUGUAGUUUUUGUCUAAUUCUACAUAUUAUUAUUGAUCGAAUUCAACGAUAUGCAUUACAAAAUCAUACGAUCCUUCUUAUACUAGUCUUUGGUUUACCUAUUCAAUUAAUGGAUAUUAAUUUUUAUCUUGUUUUCUUUCAAUAUGGUUCAGUUCAACCAUCGAAACCUUUUAUUUGUCUUCUACGGUGGUUAGCUGAUUAUGGUUUUUAUAUAGGAGGUAUACUUUUAAUGGCUUGGUUAGCUAUCGAACGACAUAUUUUAAUAUUUCAUAAUCGAUUGGUUGCAAAUCAAAGAGGACGCUUUUAUUUCCAUUAUUUGCCAUUGAUUAUUAUACUCACAUAUAUUUUUCUCUUUUACAGUAUUGUUAUUUUUUUUCUUCCUUGUCAAAAUACGUAUGAUUACUUAGUACCAGUAUGUGGUGCAUCACCAUGUUAUCAAACAUAUGGAAUUCUUGGUAUGUGGGAGUUUAUUGUGAAUACAACUACACCAAUUUUCUUAGAAGGUAUUGGUAGUAUUAGUCUUGUUGUACGUGUUCAAUGGCAAAAACAACGACUAAAUAAAUCGACUCAAUGGCGUAAACAACGACGAAUGACUAUUCAGUUAUGUUUGAUCUCGAGUCUGAAUUUAAUUUUAAAUCUACCUAUAUAUUUAAUACCUUUAGCUCAUCUUUGUGGUCUGCCACCAGAAUAUGGUAUUCAAGCUGAACUUUAUUUCUUUUUCUUGGGUUAUUUCGUAAUUUUUCUCUUUCCAUUCGCAUCUUUAUGUCAGUUUCCAAAAUUACGAAAAAUAAUCAUAAUGAAAAUAUUCAAUAUGAUAUCAAAACGAUCGCGUCAUACAGCUGUUGUUGCACCUAUAAUGAAAGACAUGCAGAUGGAUAGACUAGCAUAA